AUGGCGUUAUCAACACCGAUUCUGAUGUCUCAACCUCAAUUCCAACCGUCGUUCUUCACAAAGAGCAACAACCAAGUUACUCCCUCACCCGUAUCCAUCGUAAUCAGAAACAGAAUACAGAUGGUGGUUCCUCAAAGUCAAAGGUAUAUCAUAACCGUCAAGGCCAUGGCCGGUGGUGGACUAUACUCUGCUCAGCAAUUCGAACUCACUCCCCAAAACGUCGAUACCGUUCUCGAUGACGUGAGGCCAUACCUCAUUGCCGAUGGCGGAAACGUGGACGUUGUAUCCGUUGAAGAUGGCAUCGUUUCUCUUAAGCUACAAGGGGCGUGUGGGAGCUGUCCAAGCUCAACAACAACCAUGAAGAUGGGGAUCGAAAGAGUGCUGAAAGAAAAAUUCGGAGAGGCUGUGAAGGAUAUCGUUCAAGUUUUUGAUGAAGAAGCUGCUGCAACAAGCGUUGAGGCAGUGAAUGGGCAUCUUGAAAUACUGAGACCAGCCAUAGCCAACUUUGGUGGAAGUGUGGAGGUGCUGUCAGUGUCUGUGGAAGGUGGGGAAUGCGUUGUGAAGUAUACUGGGCCUGAUUCAAUUGGAUCAGGAAUCAAAGCAGCAAUCAAGGAGAAGUUUCCAGACAUCCAGAAUGUCUUCUUCACAUAG